AUGAUCUCUAGGGCAGCAGCAGCAGCAGCUGCUGCUGCUGCUGCUGCUGCUGAUUUGUCUGCUGCAGCAACUAGGCUGCUCUGUUGCAGGGACUCCAUUGCUGCUGCUGCUGCUGCUGCAACUCUUUUCCAGACUACUGUGUUCCACCAGCAGCAGCAGCUGCUGCAGCAGGAAAAGCCACUCAGCCGCAGCUGCAGCGGCGGGGCUGUAAAAAAUAGGCAGCAGCAGCAGGAGCUGCUGCUGCUGCAGAGAGGAAUUGCUGCAGCAGCAGCUGCUGCUGCUGCAGAGAGGAACUGGUGCAGCAACAGCAGCAGCUGCUGCUGUUGCAGAGAAAACUUGCUGCAGCAACAGCAGCAGCUGCUGCUGUUGCGGAGAAAACUUGCUGCAGCAACAGCAGCAGCUGCUGCUGCUGCAGAGAAAACUUGCUGCAGCAACAGCAGCGAAUGCGGCGGGUACAGGAACACCAGCACCAGAAAAUGCAGCAGCAGCAGCAGCAGCAGCAGCAGAAUGCAGACACCAGUUGCUGCGGAAAGCGCUGCCGCUGCUGCUGCUGCUGGAAGAGUCGCUGCUGCUGCUGCUGCUGCUGCUGCUGCUGCCAAUAUAUAUUGCUGCUAUUGUCAAUAA